AUGUUGGCAAACAAUCAGCGCCCUACGUCGGUCAUUGCUCCAUCAUCGCUCACUCUCGGCAACUUCUCAGUCUUGACGUCGUCUGCGGAACUAUCGCCAGGCAUUUGCUUUGAAUAUUACAGUGGAUCCUUCGAUAACUUGCCGGACUUUGCAGUUUUAUCUCCAGAGUUGUUGGGAAUUGCUGAUGAGGUCAAGAUCUUGUACUUGUUGCAUUCCUCGGUCUUCAUUGAUGAGAACUUUGAGCAACAAGUCACAGAACUGCACAGUGGCAACUUUGCUAUAAGGUUCACUGGCAUAUUGCAAAUCACUGAGCCUGGGAAAUACUCAUUCUCUCUGGGCUCGAAUGAUGGAUCUAUUCUCUACAUAGCGGGCAAAACUGUGGCUAAAAACGACGGAACGCAUUACUACAAUGAAGUGGAAGGAUCUAUAAAACUCGGCUCGCCUGGCUUGUAUCCCCUCACAGUCUUGUACUUUCAUAAAGCUGGCAAAGUCUUGGAAGGAGCAGUGAUGUCUGGACCCAAAUUAUCUAUAACUUAUGCCCUCGUCAAGGAAGGAGUCAUCUUCUCAUCAACUCCGACAAAACAAUCAAUCCCAGCAACACGUCUCUUCCAUCUACCGUCAAAAACCGCACAAACAAACAUGAAUAUAUCCCAUGUAUCUCCACAUCACCUAAUGGCCAAAGAUCCAAACUUUGACGCCAUCCAAAAAUCUCUUGACGGUGAACGAAAAACAAACCGAAUGAUUCGCUCAUCAUUGUCUUCCAUGCUGAACCUCAAUGAUGAAGAAAUGGCAGAUAUGGACACUAUGGCUGCAUUCAAAAGGCUAGAAGAUGAUCAAUUGCGAUUGAGGCGUGAUUACUUUUGGUCUGUUGGAUUGUCAUUGAAGUUGUCUUACAAUCCUCCACUCCCUGUGAAUCUUCAAGAUGCUUGGGAAAACCUUCCACAACAUCUCGACCACAAACAUUUCCCACAAUUUAUCAUAUCACAAUCAAAGGACGUGUCAUAA